GGUGCCAGCGCUGAUCAAGCAGUGUAAUUUUAUACAUUACUGAAUCAGUGCAGGAGAAACCUGGAGGGACAAAGCAUCAUCUUCUCUUUGGACUGCACUGUAAAAUCCUACAGCUCUCUUAGCCCAGCCAUGCUCUGAUACAUUUUUUUUUCUCUCCUUUUUCUGAUUUUGGUGUGAAUGAUAAAGUGAUCUGAUGAUGGCUCUUGUUAUGGAACCUAUUAGCAAGUGGACGCCCAAGCAAGUAGUGGAUUGGAUGAAAGGCCUUGAUGAUUGCCUCCAACAAUACAUAAAAAAUUUUGAAAGAGAAAAGAUCAAUGGCGAACAGCUGCUACACAUCACUCACCAAGAGCUUGAGGAAUUGGGAGUCACUCGCAUUGGCCACCAAGAACUGAUACUGGAAGCAGUUGAUCUGCUCUGUGCGUUGAAUUAUGGUUUGGAGACCGAAAACCUGAGAACUCUGUCUCACAAGCUGAAUGCGUCAGCCAAAAAUCUUCAGAACUUUAUCACGGGUAGAAGGAGGAGUGGCCAUUAUGAUGGCAGGGCCUCCAGACGCCUACCAAAUGAUUUUCUUACCUCUGUAGUUGACCUGAUUGGUGCUGCCAAGAACUUACUAGCCUGGCUGGACAGGUCUCCAUUUGUCAGCGUGACGGAAUACUCACUGCUGAAAAACAACAUUGUUCAACUGUGCCUGGAACUAACAACCAUUGUGCAACAGGAUUGUACAGUGUAUGAAACAGAAAAUAAAAUUCUUCAUGUGUGUAAAACCUUGUCUGGGAUUUGUGACCACAUCAUUUCGCUCUCAUCUGAUUCUCUGGUGUCACAGUCAGCACAUCUUGAGGUAGUUCAUCUCACCAGCAUUAUGCCCAGUGAGGGUUUGGGAAUGUAUAUCAAAUCAACAUAUGAUGGACUACAUGUAAUCACAGGAACAACUGAAAAUUCUCCUGCUGACCAGUGUAAGAAAAUCCAUGCUGGUGAUGAAGUGAUACAGGUUAACCAUCAAACUGUGGUUGGCUGGCAGUUAAAGAACUUAGUAAAUGCAUUGCGGGAAGACCCAAAUGGAGUGAUUUUAACCUUGAAAAAACGUCCGCAGAAUACCCUGGUGUCUGCCCCAGCCCUUCUGAAGAACGUGAGGUGGAAGCCUCUUGCACUUCAGCCUGUAAUUCCAACCAGUCCAACAAGCAGCUCCACAACACCAACAAGUACAAUGGGCAUAUCCUCAAAAAUGGAGAACUCUGCACUCCAGGAUGUUUUCAUUCUGUCUCCUAUGUCAGGACUUUAUGGCCCCAGGGAUGAAAUUGGAAUAAUGUCUUGUGAUGACAUCAGCAAAUUUGGAAAACCUGGAAUGAAAGGCUCUGAGUCUCCAAGCUAUUUUCUGGAGCAUGAAAGUGGGAAAUACUACACCUUAAUUGAAGGUGAAGGCCCCCCUGUGGGCUCUGAGUAUGAGAGAAGCAGAGCUACAGGAGUGAGGAGAAGAGAAAAAACACCCACUCAUGAUCUAAGGCCUGUUUCUAUGCCUGCUGAGUACAGUUGGAUAGGGGAGUCAAAAGACCAAAACAUGUACAAGAGGGGAAGCAGAGACUCUGAGAAUUCACUCCUGCGGUAUCUGAGUGAUGACAAGAUACUGGUUAUCCAAGAAGAGCCUUUGACACAAAAAGAUAACAAAAGGGACACGGGUCGUAGGUCAAGAAAAAAGGGCAAAAACACAAGCAGUCCAAACUACCCAAUUAGUCCACCUGUGUUGACAUCUACUAUUAACGUUAGGCUUGAACCUGGACAGCAAGAUGUCUUGAAUUUCUCACUAGCAGAAAACAACACAGUUCCACUUUAUCACAGAGCAGGGGACACAGUCAGUGGAGAUACUGAAAGAUAUGCUAGUUCUGCCAUUGACCGCCAAGGAAGCACAUCCAUGAGGAAGUCAUUCCAUUACGCUUCCCUCAGGGUAAAAAGCAGAAAAUGGUCAAAAGGGAGCUCUCUAACGAGUGGGAGCAGAAGACGGAUUUCCUGCAAAGACUUGGGGCACGGAGAUUGUGAAGGCUGGCUAUGGAAGAAAAAGGAUGCCAAAGGUUAUUUCACACAGAAAUGGAAGAAGUACUGGUUUAUUCUGAAGGAUUCGUCCUUGUACUGGUACACAAACCAGAAUGAUGAAAAAGCAGAAGGAUUCAUUAGUUUACCUGAGUUCAGAAUAGAUAGAGCAAUUGAAUGCAGAAGAAAACAUGCCUUCAAAGCAUGCCACCCCAAAAUAAAAAGCUUCUACUUUGCAACAGACUGCCUUGAAGAAAUGAAUAGGUGGAUGAAUCGUUUGGGGCUCGCAGCAAUUGGUUACACCCCUGAUGACAAGGAUAUUCAUCCAGAUGAAGCAGAUUACUGGAGCGAAAGCGACCAGGAUGACAUCGAUGGCUCUUUAACCCUAAAGCAGGAAGGCUCUUCAACACUGUGUGACACCUAUCAUCGAACACCCUCAGUGAAUUCUUCAAGUCCAUUCCCUGAAGCCAAACACAGUCGACACUUUUCAAGUGAAUCAACAUAUUCUCAUUCUUCUGCUGAGGAUUCUCGACAAGAUGUAGCAGGAAGCACACACUCAUCAGGAUGCAGACCUCCCUACCGAGAAAGACGCUCGUGGCAGGAUCUGAUAGAGACUCCGCUAACCAGUUCAGGGCUCCAUUUUCUUCAGACUGUUCCUCCUGAUGCAGAGUACAUGAGUGGCCAGCCUGGAAUGUCACCGGACAAACGAAGACAAGCAACGCUACCAGUACAAAGGCGUCAUAAUUAUGAGCAGGAUGGGCCUUUCCCUUUGGUGGAAUGUCAAAGGGGACAUAGCUCUCAUAGCAGGCCACAGAAGCAACGUAGUCAAAGUCUUCCCCGAAACAGAGAUGUCAGGGCCAAGGGACGCAUACAGUCCAUAGAAGGAACAGACGACAGGCUAGAAGAGAAAGUUCCUAUUAGAAGGCAUAAUAGUUUCUGUGCAGAAGAAAACAUAAAAGAUGGAGAAAAUACUGAUGGUCUGCAAGAGCUAUACAAAUCUCUGGAACAAGCUAGUUUGUCAGCCUUUGGAGAGCAGCGUCCUUCCACCAAGCAGGAGUUCCGCAGGUCUUUUGUAAAGCGAUGUAAUGAUCCAGUUAUCAAUGAAAAGCUUCACCACAUCAGAGUUCUUAAGAGCACUUUAAAAGCGAAGGAAGGGGACCUCACAGUUAUCAACAGCCUUCUGGAUGAUCCCAACUUAACAUCAAAGAAGUUUAAAGAUUGGAAACUAAAGAACUAUGAGUUUUUCCUGGACAUUUGUGAGUACAGUGCUGCUGUGAAAUCUCAAAAUGGAGCCUCUGAACUUGCAACCUCAGCACCAAUGCUGACGCAUACACACUCAUUCAUUGAAACUCACGUGUGACAGGACUCAUAUCCUGAAUAAUUGCUGGGUGCCAUGAAAAAUCGAGUAAGACAAACACUGUAAUAUUUAUUGCUAUUGUACUCAGCAGUACUGUAAAUAAGUUGGAUAAGAGGAUAGUGCCACAGGAUGCCUACUACAUUGCAUGAUAAGACAACAAUAUUCUUUAUGAAUUUUUCUUUGUUUGCUAUUAUCAACUGACAUCCGUAUCAAGCUCUGCAUUAGAAAGAAGCAGUGCAGAAGUGUAACUGAAAAGAAAUACCAGUAUAUUUAAAGUACUGUACUAAAACUAAGCUUACAUUAUGAGCUCCUACAAUCAUUUUAUAUAUUUAGAUAGGUAUAAAGACAUAUCUAUGUAUAUAAAAUGUAACACGGUAGUUGACAUUUACUUUUAAAAUGCCCUAAAGCUCACAUUUUUUUCUUGAGAAAAAUAUAAAAUGAAAACAUAAAUACAUUGGCCACUCUUAGAGAUGAACGUUUAUUUUUGCAACAUUUCCAGGUAGUGACCAUCUUUGCAAAUAGAAGGACAGAGUUAUCAAAAUGUAAACUCAAUCCCUAUAGUGUGCCUUAAAAUGUACACUGUACAUCUAGCAAAUAGAUCCCAAUCUGGCCCUAUGGGCAUACUGUACAUGCCAUUUAGAUACUGUGUUUGUAACAUACUGUGCCUGCCUUUGAAGUGAAUGAACAUAAGCAAGUAGGCAUGGCACAGGGGUUAAGAUAUGAGUAGAACAAUGUUGGUUGUUCACUAAUGCUGCAACUUAAACUGAUUUUAAUAUAAUUUGAAGUAUUUCAUGGUGAAAGAAAAACAUCUGCGCUGAAUAUGGUACAUACUGCAGGUUUUCAUAUUUUCUUCACUGUGAAUUUAAGUGACACAUGACUGUGAGUCACAAAAUUCAAAAAAGCUCUGAUGCUUCAAGGAUGAGAAUUAAGUUGAAAAAAGUCCUGAACUAAUCAAUUAAAUUCUAUAACAGACUGACAUCAAGAGCUGAGUAAAUUAUUCAAAAUUAUAUAAUGUCUGGCAAUAAUUUUUAACUGUUAGUAGUACAUUAGCAAGUGGGUGAAGUUAUUCAAUACAUCAUUUGAAAACCAAUCUGUAUUGAUUGGUUUGGGAAGACACACAAGUCACAUAGUGUAUUUCACUUCCUUGCCUGGAUGAGAAUGAUUUCUAAGAAUCAGAUUUUGGAGAAAAUACUUGUAUUCUUGGAAAAAAAAAAAAAAGAUUGCUCUGAAUGGUAGUGAAUAUAAAUUUCAAACACCCAUUCACAAUUUUCUUUGUCUCUGCUUGCUAGAAUAUUUCUAGAAAGCAGAACAAAGGGGAUGUGAAUACAGUUGAGGUCAUUUCACUUAAACACAGAUAUUCACUGAUAAUUUUUUCACAAGGUAAACCUUGUCAUCUCUCAUACAUCAAGAACUGUAGAAUUCAUACAGUUCAAUACAACAUAAGAAAAAACGUUAUCUCAAUGAGGUCCUAGUGUCAGGAAGAGAUUCAAUGAUUCCCAAAGCCAGAACUGGGAGAAGGCAUGCUGUUUGUUUAGCUCAGUCUGCCACCCCUGCAGCCUCCCGGCUGCCAAAACCUUGCCAUGGAAACCCAAUAUAGCAGCGGAAGAAACACAAUUCAGGUUUGGUUUUUUACACGCCUUUGCACUGGCAUUUCUUUGAACCACAGUAGAUGCAGUGAUUAAACAAAGAGUCUAUACCAAUAUAAGAUGUUAUUAGUAGAGAAGUAUUACUGAGAGCUGGUUUGAGUUCUUUGCAUCACACAUUUGGAUAGACAAUUGCAUCACAGCGAUUGAGUGACAGCAUCAUUGCAACAAUUGCAUAACAACAUUUGGAUAGACAUACAACAUGAAAGUAUGUUUGGCCUGCUUCAACAAAGUAAUCAACUCUGUAAUUAAGAAUCACUGAAGACAGUGGAUCCUUAAAUGCAGGCACUGGUGCUUAAUCAUGUUUCCAUUGAAGUAAAGAGCAAAACUCCAGUGACUUCAGAGGACCAGGAUCAUGUUGUGAGUGUUUUGCUUGAAUAUUAAACAUGCACUUCACCCUCUGUCUAAGCACCUGAGGGAAUAAAAAAGAAACGGGAAAUAGAGAACAACAAUUUGCCACCACAGGUUUCACCAAUAUUGGAGUUCCAGUAUUCAUGCAAAACGUAGAAAUGGAUUGAAAUGUAUUUACUAUGGGAACAUUGUGGUUACUGGACAACUGAGUAGUGGAAGCAUUAACAGAGAGAAUUUGCCUAGCCUUUUUUCAUAUCAUAUCUCUAAAAGUUCUAUAGUUCACUAUUUUUUAAUACUAUCCUUCAUAUUAUGUAGGAGAAAUAUUAUGCAGUGGAGCAAGCAACAGGGUAAAUUAUAGACACCAUUUAGAAACGAGUCCAAGCUGUAUGUGCAAGCAGGGAUAGAUGGUCACAGAAUUGGUUAAAUAUUCAUAUGAAUAUAUAUUCAUAAAGAAAUUUAAACACACCUUUUGUUUCAAACCCAAAAGAUGGUUUGUGUUUUCAUAAUAAAAAGAUCUAUAUCAUUUUAAAAUAGCUUUCAAAAAGGAUUUCAAGUGGCAUUGUAUUAUAAUUCAAGACAGAAAUGACAAUUGUCCACUGAGCACCUUUUUUCCACCUUUUCUGAAAUUCUCAGUCAUGCAUGUCUGUUCUGCUUUUGGAGAGCAGUUCUCAUCAAACAUGAUUUGCACUGAAUAGUCAAGAUAAAUUAUCCAAGAGAUUGAUAUGGUGAACUGAGAUACACAGGAGAGAUUUCCUAUAAUGGGGUUAUGAUUAACUGGGAGAAAAGUUUGAAAGAUGUAUCUAGCAUUACUUAUGCCUUAGAGUAAGCAAAAUCUAAUUGUUACAUUAAGCAAUACAAAGACUUUAUUCUUUCACAAACAUCAGCUGGCAUUUGGAAGUCAUUUCACAAGAAUUUUGUCAUACUUUUUGCAUGCAUACUCAACUCCAUGCUACAGCCCUUCCCUCUCCACCACUAGCUUCUUCUUUCUGGAUGUAGGUACUAAUCUAGCUAUACUAUAGAAAGGAAUGUACGAAGUCACCAUAGCACAAUUAUUUGGAAUUUCACGAUCUUUCAAAUAACUGGAAGGCAAAGUGCAGUACUGAUAUUGUAUUUAAAAAUCCAUGCACCAAAUCCUGUUUACGUAUUAAAAUACAUAAAAUUCUACUGGACCAAAAGGUACUUAAACACACACUACAAUGCAGCUGAAAUUAUUAUGGUAGUUUUGAUCCCAUAUUUUUAAUGAGAACAAGAAAAAAUUCUUUGUCGUUGAGUUCAUCAAGGAAAAGAAACAGCACCAGUAUAAUGUGUUACUUAACUAAUUAGAUUUCCCGCCUGGAUGUUUAGAUAAAACUUGGUUCUUAACAUACACAAUUACACAAAGAGAUCGUUUGAAUGUGUUUUAUUUUUCCAGAUCUCAUUAAAGUUAGUGUCUUCGUUCAGAAUUCCUGCAGGUAAAAUGUCCCUCAGCCAGCAGACUUUCUCUGUGACUCCACAAGCUUAGUCUGUUUGUUACAGAAAACUGAGACCUUUUUCUUAGUUUCAUUAAGUGAAAACUGUCCUGAGCUUAUUCUAAUUAAUACGAACAAAAAUCAGAGGAGGACGUUCUCACCAGUCUGUAUGUCCGCAUUCUUUAAUACAAAUAAGGCAGAAAUCCUGGGCCCACACUGUGACAACACGGGUAGGAUUGCAUUUGCCCUCACAGUGAUCAGCCUGCGUAGGAUUGUACAGGACGUCUCUACCCCCUACAACACAGGCAGCUGCUUCACCUCAUCGGCAAAACCCACCCUGCUCUUUCAUCAGCUUCUGGUACAGUUCUGCUUUCUCAAGCACAUCGUGAGCACUUUGUGAACUGCUUUAGCACCAUAAGGAAAGACUGAUCAGUUGCUACUAAAACAUGUUGGUGGAUGAGAUUUUCCAUCUUUUCCAAGCAGGGAAUUCUGAAUAUAAGUCAGUUAAUAUUCAGAUCUAAACUGCUGUCUUUUAAUAUAGAAAUGUGGUGCACCACUUGCUUUUUCCAAGGAAAAAGAACUGAGUGUUGCAGAGAAUUGCUAGAUGUGUAUGGCCACUUAACUUUAUUCUUACUGUUUUCAGCAGUUAUAGCCUUCCAGGCCAAAAUACUCGCUCUCUGAUCCAAGGUUUUGUGAAGGACAGUGAAGGUACCUUUGAAGGGGUUACUUUACAGAGGCAUUGGGAAGUGCUCAGCCUGUUCAAGAGUUGUAGAAUUCUACCUUAGAGUAUUUCACUUUGAAUGUUAACAGACUUCAGGAAGAGAAAUGAAGAAUCUGGUAGAAAUUGUUUAACUUAACACAAAUCUGAGGAGAACAAAGAAAAUUCUUGUAUCUCUUGUUUUUGUCUCAAGUAAUACAAAUCAGACCUAAGCCCAUCACAUACCUUAUUCCCCAUAGUCUUUCAGCAUGUAGUCUUACUUGUCUUCCAAAUUAAUAAAAGCACCCUUUUCCACAAAAAACUAGUGGUACUUAUGACCAAGGUGAUAAAUCUGGGGGCUGUUAACAUCCUGGGAAACCUUGGCUGUUGGCCCCUUGAGGUGGGACAGCUCGGCCAGGCAGAGCUAUUUUGUGAUAUUUCACCAGCGGUUUGGACAAACUCUUCAUGCAACUGGGGCCAAAGAGCUUCGAAGGUGGGUUAUUUAAAACAGCUCUUGGCUAAGGCAAGAUGCAGCACAACUGAUCAACAAAAGUUAAGCUCCACCUGCAAUGCCUGCCAGCUGCCCCCAAAUCUGUAAUACAAAGGAUGCCUACCAUACAGUUUUAUUUCCAGUUCAAACACUAAAUGCGUUUUCAUAAGCAAGUCUUGUAUCUCUACAGAGAUUCUGACUACUCUCUCUGGACCCAAUCCUGGAGAGAUUCCUUAAGAAAGAGAGCACAGGUCUCUUCAUAUUACUGGGCCUCAUCCUGAAAAUACCAUUUAUAGUACACCCAAGUUCCUGUAGUGUAACGUUAGAGAAACAAGUGGUAACGAGAAACAGGUGGUAACUUGGUCUCAUAAAGGAUUUUUAAUUUCUCCUUAGUUUUCCCGAUAGGGAAAUGGUGCAUUUCCAGGGAAGGCAGAAGGGCACAGGUUAUAGCAAUGCCUUUUCGCUUGGAGUAUAGGUUUGUAGAUUUUCCACAUACCGCACGCCUUAGACCACUGGGCUUAAAAUCUCAUCAGAGACAAUACGCCAUCUUCCCUGGUGCCAAAUGAUGUUUAUGUUUGUUUACCACUAGUACGAAAAAUGGGUAAUAACAGGAAAUACUGAAGAAGCAAUAUUAGCUAAUUAAUUUAUAUUCAAUAACAAAAAGUUCUUUUUCUUCUAGAAUGCUUCCCUCAUUAAAGCUAAGGUUCAGAGUAGCUUUUUUGGGCAAGCUACUGUGGGAAUGGAUUUCCCGUCUCCUCUUACCCAGAUGAACUUGCACUGUGCAGCUGAGGCUCUCAAUGGGUAUUCACUGGGUAUGCACCUGGAAAUCAAUCCUGAGCCAUAUCAGUUGAUGAAUAGAAAAUGCAUUUUUAUGUAAACAGAAACUGGUAAAUUGUAUUUUCUUAGUUUAUUUUUAAAAUUAUUUUCUUUACUGCCAUUACAUACAAGCGUAGUGUUGUAAUUCUGCUCAGUUCCAUUCACCAGUGUGUAGGCAAGCAACUCUUCACUCUUGAUGUAACUAAUAAGAUGAAGAAGCAUUUUUUUAAAGCUUAGUUUCUAUGUUUUACGGGUAUAGCACACUUACACAUUUAGAAGGAGGACUAUAAAUAAUAUUGUUUAAGCUCUUAUAAAUUUUUGAGAUAGCUGAUAUACUACUGGGACCUACUCUUAAUAAGUAUUAAAAAAAUUCAGACAUAUACUGCCUGUCAUUAUGUUCAGGAAAAGAACCAUACUCAUUCUUAAUGCAGGCCAGACAGAUAUAUAUUUAUUUUUAUCAAGCACAUACAAGUGUUAAAAGUGACAAUUGAGGACUUUGCUGUAUGCAUCAAUACCAUGGUAUGAGCAGUAUUUGAAAGAAAAAUAUUGUAAAAAUGAUAAAAUAUGUCGACAAACUGUUGUUUGACCGGCUAGGCCCUCUAGCUUCUGUCCUCACAUUUCUAGAAUAUUGCUCAUUCUCAGGCACUGGCAAGGGUAUCAAUACAGAUCUUUUUACUAACUGUAAAUGCAUCUGUCUGAAUGCUGCAGAUAAAUAAGGAUGCCACAUUAUACAUGUUAACUCUAUUGCAUUCUUAUCACUAGCAACCAUGAAACAAAUAUGUCUUAACAAAUGGUGUUCGCUGGCCAAAAUACCAGUAAGACCCUGUUACCAGUUAAGACUUCUGUUUUACUGAGAAACAAGGAUUUCAGCCUAAAAAUCUGAAAAGAAAACAGGUUAGGAUAUAAGAGAAAUGCACUAGUAUUAAUAAACUUUUUACAUUUGACACAUACUGUAUUACAGAGAAAAAUAUCCUUGUAAGACCAUUAAUUGCUGGGCCAUAGGUGACUUCUGUCUAGUUUACUAAAGUAGCUAAUAAAACUUGUAUAGAGAGCCUUUUUUAGAUAAUGCUUACAUGUAUGAAAAUGUAUGACACCCUUGUACUAUGGCUUGCACUUUACUUGCAUUAAACUGUGAAGUAGGCUGUAGUAAUGUCUUUGUAUAUUCAGGGGUUGAAAUACCAAAGCACUAGAGUAUCGUACUGCUGGUGUUCAACCUGUACUGUUAAUUAAAUCUGAACAUGCUGACAACGUGUAUUUUGAAAACCCUGCUAACUUAAAAUCUUUAGCAAAUAAUGCUAUGGGGUCUCCAUGGUCUUUGUUUCUUUGUAAAUAUAAACAUUCUUACUGUUUCUGUAGCAAUAGGAGGUUAUAAACCAAACUUUCACUAGGACUGUUUUCAAUAACAAAAAAAUCUAUAGCGCCUUGUAUAAAAAUCAUGGAGACUCCAUGACCUGUGGGCAUUUUUUGUUUACAAGCAGUAUGUAUAUACGUAUUAGAGGCAGAACUGUUAUUUAUCACAAAGUUAUGUUGUGGAUUAUUAUUUCUAAAAUAAAUAUGUUUUCUGUCAUUAUAAAAAUAAGUGUUUUAGAGCCAUCUUGAAAAGUCUGAAGUGUGAAAGCUUCAAAUACUAGUAAUCUUCCUUGUUUCAGCCUUGUUUUUCUAAUCAGCUGUGAGAUGGACUGAGAAGUAAGGGUAAACCACCAGUCUACGCCAGGGAAAAUGUCUGAGUUGUAUCCCAAUUUAUGAGCAUUCUGCAACUUUUCUAUAGAAAUCACCAUCUCGCUUAAGCGCUUUUACAAGCAGAUGCUCUACUGAUACCGUAGUAAAGUCCCUCAGCUCAUUGAUGCUACAGAGAGAGAAAACUAACUGCUCUGGACUGAUACAGGUAAAACUAGGUUUCAACCCCUGGAUAAUACAGUAUUUCUUCAGUUUCACACCAGUAUUUUUAAUUUUAUACUUGUCUAUGUUGAGAGAUGAUCCAAUAGUUUAUAUAGGCAAUGAACAUUAGGUUUCUUUUUUCCCUCUUUUCAGAUGAGUUCUGUGUGAAUUACUGUAACAGGCUGCGUUUUUUCUAUCACAGAUUAUCUUGUUAACUUUUUGUGUGUCUACAAUGAAAAUUUAUGAAUGGAAAACUUCACUGUGUGUUGCUCACUGGGCAUAUACCUCAUGGUACAUUGCACAGACGUGUAAGUUGUAAGUUGCACUGCAACAUUAAAAAAGGAACAUAUUGCUCUUUUUUCAAAGAUAUUAACUUAUUUAAGAGAUAUAGUCUGUACAUUAUUAAAAAGAACAUUUAUUCUUCCUAAAUUCAAACAAAGCUUUUGUUUUGGGAAAAAAAAAAAGUUGUAAACUUGAGUUGUAAAUUUGGACUUCAAUAAACGAA